AUGGCAAGUAUCGGUGGAGGAGGAAGAGGCAGAGGCGGAAAUCGCACUCCCGCCUCUCGAACUGUCCGAUCAACAACGAGAGAUUUUGGUGGCCCGGAAGGUUUCGGAGCGUUUGGGCUAUUUGAUGAUGAAUCGGAUGAUAUGACCGUCCCAAGAGGUGGUAGUGGCGCUUCCCUAUCUCAUCAAUCUCAACCUGCUCAGGGUAAACACCAUGAGGACAAGACCAUGGAUGAUAAUACCAAAUCUGACUCUGCUACCGCCAGCGACGUUGCUGAAGGUACGCGAUCAAGCAACUUGAGUCCUGAAAGGGGGGCCAAAUCGUCAGAGCAAGGUUCCGCUUCUGUUACUGCUACGACUCAGGCCUCAAAAUCAGGCCACUCUUUGCAACCUACAGUCGAAGACAAUCCCGAAGACUGGGAGGUAGUAUGA